AUGUUAGAAAAUACAUCUGACUCGCCAGUAUCGUUUGGAUCAGCAGGAUCACCACUUGGGAUCCAGCCAGCGGAUGCACCUUCACCCAUAACCUUUCCUGCUCCAGGGGAAAGUAUUGCGGAUACGUCGACCUCAUCACCAGAUGUAAAUAUGCCCAGCUCGCCGGGCUGUCCUGUGGUCAAAGUAAAGAGCGAGUUUCUUCGAGGUAGUCCCAGUCCUCGAAGCCCCGGGCAGCGUAGUUCCGGAGGUGUGGUGAUGAGCGGGACGAAUCUUUCUUAUCAUCAGCACGAUAAUCUACGAGAGACUGCAUCACCAGAUUCGGUGUUCCCCGAGCCAGUGAUGAGCUCAACGAGAAUAAAUGAAGAAAGUAGAGCCCAUACCCCAACACCACUUUCGCCGUGCGUUGAAACGAGUCAUGCGGUAUCCACAACCCCAAUGAGCCAAGAAGAACAACAACCCGGCAGCAGAUGCCAGACCCCAGAACGAGCCGGUGAAUUGUCUUCAGGUCAAACGAAAUUAGACUCGGACAACUCAGUGUUUGACGGUGGAGGCGGGGGAGGAGGAACUGAUAGAAAUUCUCGAGUUGAUAUCUCGAGUCAACCUAGUCCAUCCUCCCAGUACAACAUUAGCCAAGCACCCAGUCCGAGUAGUAAUUCGUCUCACAGUUCUCAACAGCAGCCACCAACACCACCGAGGUCACGAGCUCCUUCAGUUCCAGCUCAUCUCCUUGCUCACCAUCAAUUUUGGUCCCAGAAUUCCGGAGUCCAGGGUUUUGCUGCUCAGAGACUGCUCAAUGGAGUUAUCAGCAGUGUUGGGUACGGACAAAAUCUCACUGGGAAUCCCACUAGUACUGGCAGUCCGGCGGGAAAUGGACUUGGAUCUACUGGCAAUGUCGGAAAUAAUCAAGCCGAAGGUAUGAAGCCACCAGCCCAAAGACCAGCCCCCUCAGCUCCUCGACCUCCUCCCACCGUGAUAAUGGGUGAGGUUGGCGGUGUUAGAACAAUGAUUUGGUCAGCACCUGCCUUGGAACCCGUUCCACCACCUGCAGCUUCUUGGACGACGACAGCAUCGUCCGCAUCUUGUUCAUCAUCCGAAGAAUCAGCGGCUCAGUUGCUGCUGAAUCUCGGACAAGAGUCGCGGGGUAAACCGCCUUGUGUUUCGUAUUCCUCUGGACCACCACUUAACAUGGAGAGGUUAUGGGCCGGGGAUUUAAGUCAACUUCCUGCUGCGCAACAGCUGCAGGCACUUAAUCUAACAGCAUCUGGCUCGAAUCAGCCCUGGGUUAGAAAUGGUGCUGCUGUUAAAUCUGAAGCAGUAACGCAGUCAAUGCACAGUCAAGUACAAGAAACAUAAAAAAACGAACAAAUCAAGUGGUGUAGGCGGUAACAAUAACUCUAAUAGUGGUGUAAAUGGUUCAGGAUCAUUAGUUGGUAACAAGGGAACAAAUGUUGCUACAUCAAUGUUAGAUAAACAUAUGGCUGCUGCGGCUGCAACAACGAUGCUUGAUAAGCAUAUGGCAGCUGCAGCUGCAGCUGCAGCGGCUGCUGCUGCUCAUCAUAGCCAACAGCAACAACAACAACAGCAGCAUCAGCAACAACAACAGCAACAACAGCAUCAACAGCAACAGCAGCAACAUGCUCAACUUGCUGGAUCAUUUUUACAUCAUCAUAAAAUUUCAUCGGAUCAACACAAUUCACAACCAACACCAAGUCAUCCUAACCAUCCCUCGCAUACGGGGCAUCUGGUUAAUGGGACGAUACUAAAAACAGCACUUACUAAUCCCUCUGAAGUCGUACAUUUACGGCAAAGGCUAGACAAUACUGUAAGCAGCUCGAGGGAUCGUGCUUUCCCAUUGGAUGCAACACUCGCCAUGAUACAAACACUUAUAGACUGUGACGAAUUCCAAGAUAUCGCAACAUUAAGGAACUUGGAUGAACUGCUUGACCACAAAUCAGACUUAAGUGAAAAACUGUGUCAAAUAGGAGACAGUAUAGUUUACAAGUUGGUGCAGUGGACCAAGAGAUUGCCGUUUUACCUUGAACUGCCGGUUGAAGUUCACACGAGACUUCUUACACAUAAGUGGCAUGAGUUGUUAGUUUUAACGACUUCGGCGUAUCAAGCAAUGCAUGGUCAGCAAAAGUUUUCAAAUGUUGGGCCGGACGGUACAAGUGCAGACUUUGUGCAAGAGGUAUCAAAUAACAUGUAUACACUACAAACGUGCCUAACGAGUAUGAUGGGACGAACCAUAACCAUGGACCAAUUGAGGCAAGACGUCGGCCUCAUGGUAGAAAAAAUAACUUACGUUACACUUAUGUUUCGACGGGUUAAAUUACGGAUGGAAGAGUACGUUUGUUUGAAAGUCAUCACCAUGUUAUCACAAGCUCGAGGUAGUACGCCGGAAUUAGAACAAAUUCAAGAUCGGUACAUGACCUGUUUGAGGAGUUUUGUUGAACACAGCGCACCUCAACAACCUGGACGUUUCCAUGAUCUUCUCCAUCGAUUGCCCGAAGUGCAAUCAGCAGCUACAUUGCUACUCGAAAGUAAAAUGUUUUACGUUCCUUUUUUAUUAAAUUCAGCGAUUCAAAGAUAG